AUGAUAAAACAAUUAUUAUUACUCGGAUUUAUUUGUAUUAUUGGUAUAAAAUCUAAUUUUACAGAUCCUGUACAAAUCGAUCAAGGACAAGUAAUAGGUUCAUCAAAUUCAUAUGCCGAUGAGUUCUUAGGAAUCGAAUAUGGGAAAUGUCCUAAACGAUUUGCGCCAGUAGAAGAUGUUCAACCAUCGAAUCAAACAUUUUAUGCGAUAACUCCAGCACCAGGUUGUAUGCAAAAUUGUACAUCAUAUCCAAGUGCUUGCCCAGUAGAUUGUCAUGAAUGUUGUUUUACAUUAAAUCUUUGUCGACCUCCACAAACAGCAAGCAAUGCUAAUCUACCAGUUAUGGUUCAUUUUAACGGUGGUUCCUUUGUUGAAGGUGCUGCAGGAGUACCAUUACUGAAUUGUAGCCGUCUUGUUGGACUCAAUCAAGGUGUUAUUGUCAUUACUUGUAAUUAUCGUCUACAAGCAUUUGGUUUCUAUUUUUCUGAUAAUAUUACUGAUAGUAGA